CUAUAACUGUGAUUACAUACACUAUAGUAGAUGUGGAGCUCAAUGUGAACGGCAGUCGCUGUGAGAAAUUGUCAUUAACGGUGUAACGCAGUCUGACCAUAUCACUGGAUACCGUAAUACCUGUGUAACCACUGUCUAACUUCUGACGAACAGAUUAUUGUGGAUUUUACUGUUUUCUUUACCAGAUUUUUUUUAAUUAAGAAAGAUUUAAAAAAAAAAAAAAAAAAAAAAAAAAAAAAAAAAAAAAAANAAAAAAAAACCAAGAAAACAUGUGAUACAGAGUUUAAAAUGGUUUAUAUCUGACUACAGACAGACGGCGGAUCUACGCCAAACUAUGGAUAUAUAUAACGUACAGGUACCCCCCAGUCAAGCUUAACUGUGACUAGCUGGCUGUGACGUGGGACCUGUGACGGAAGGUCUACCGCGGGAGGUUUACCGGUACGAAACCACCGAUACUGUGACGGGAGGUUUACCGGUACUAAACCACUGUACCGGAGGAUUACCGGUACUAAACCACUGUGCCGGAGGUUUACCGGUACUAAACCGCUGUACCGGAGGUUUACAGGAAAAUAAACACUGUGAUACUGUGACGGGAGGUUUACCGGUACUAAACCACUGUACCUGAGGUUUACAGGAACAAAAACACUGUGAUACUGUGACGGGAUUAAUUUGAAAAAAGACUGUGUGAUGUCGAGAGCGAACACGACACAACUCUACCUCUCGUGCGUGCUUAGCUUGACUUCUAGUCAGUUGAUGGCGUCAGUAAACCAGUGACGUCAACAGGCAAAGAAAAUCACGUGAUGUUGUUGUAGAGAGAUAUAUUAGUAAAUAUGGGUUGUCCAAAAGGGAAAAUUCUAAAAUUGUGCGAAAACGUUUUCGCAACGUUUGUUGUGUUGGCAUGUGUAUUUACUUUGUUGACGUCAAUAUCGUCAUCAAAGCUAUACAAAAGAACCAGAGCAUCGUCUGCACGUAAGCAUGGCGUAUUGAAUGAAGCAAAAAAUAGUUUCCGAAUGGCAAUGGAAAACAAGCAAGAUAAUAAUAUGAAUCCAGUACCUACGACACCGAGUAUUCCAAAUGUGGUAGAGAACCGUCCCGACCCUUACAUAGAUCCUUUUCACCAAUGGUUCAGUGAACGCAACGUGGUCAAAUACAGUGCUCAAGGCAAACAUCCGGUGUUACCGGAAACGGAAGUAAUAAAUAACAAAGAUGUUUGUAACACCGAUCCAGUUGAUAUAUUAAUCUAUUUCCAAACUCGUUGGGAUCAUUUUCAACGUCGGUCAGUCUUGCGAGAGACAUGGGCAAGUUCAAAGACGUUCAAAGAUAUACAUAUAAGAGCUAUAUUUGUGUUGGGACGGUCUACUGCAAAAGAAGAUCAAGUGAAAAUAAACAACGAAAACUUGCUCUACCACGACAUAAUACAAGGCGAUUUCAUAGACAGUAUCGCUAAUCUCACAAUGAAAAGUAUUCUUGCCAUGAAAUGGAUAAAUGAGAACUGCAUACAAGCUAAAUACAUUCUUAAGGCGGACGACGACAUGUUUGUGAAUAUAUUUGCUACUAUUGAAUAUUUAAUCUCGCAAAUUCAUGACAAAAAGAAAGUAGUGAUGUGCCACGCCAAGGAAAAUGACACGAGCCCUAUCGAACGGGACACACGCAGUAAGUGGUACGUGCCAGCCCAUGUUUUUCCGGGACGGAAGCGCUUCCCACGGUUUUGUAGCGGGUAUGCUACACUAUUCACGGCUGAUCUGGUCCCGCAAUUAUACAAAGCAUCGUUUUCAAAGCCGUACUUUUCUGUGGACGACGCGUAUCUUUUCGGUUUAUUAAUGGAAACAAUUAAGGAUGUAACAUUUUUUGACAUUCAAGAUAACAUGACUCUGAACCAGAAAUCAGCUCUGGAGGAAUACGUAGGUAACGGUGCUAUAGAACACGUGGCGUGCAAUGCAUGGGAAGACGGAGUCCUUGAAAAGUUCUGGCGGGCAACGCUCUCAAAACUUACAAAAUGGUCAAAGACGCAUGCAAACGUGUCUGUGGUCCAGAAGUCUAGAAGUGACAUCAUGGGGUGAUAAGUCACGUGACACGCUUAAUCGUCAAUCGUGAUCACUUCAGCAUAGGUGUUUGUGUUAGAUAAACUUCCAAGUAUGUGUAAGUGUGUUUAAACGACGAAUUGAUAUAAUGAUGCGUCAAAUUAUUCACUCUGAUAGUUUAAAAUAAGGAUGGAAUACAAAUAAUUUUGCCGUUUAAACGGGGUUGAACCUUAACAAAUAUAUUUCAAUACUGUUAGUUUUAAGGUUCCUACCCGAGAAUAUGAUCUCUUUUACUUUUUAUCAAUGACACAUACUGGCAGAUGAAAUUCAAUAAAACUAAAUAGAUAACAUGAUAUAGUUCAAUGGCAUAGAGCAACUUCAGAGCGUGAUUCCAUUGACAGUCCGCGGAGAGAGAGGAGGGUGUUAAGCAAUUUCUCAGCAACGGCAUGGCGAAAGUGAAAAAAACACAUAUUUAAUGCCGAUAGUUAGAGUCAUUUGCAUUUAAGGUGAACGCUGUAUGUAUUAAAAUUUGAAAUACCAAUAUGUGUACUCAUAUUAUCCAUUAUCAACUAGAAAGUAAUACUGUCUCAUCUGAAUAGCGCGGUGGGCGUGGGAGAUUAUCUUUAAAGUUCAUUUAGAAUGGACGAAAAUAAAAAUGGUGCUAUUUACUAAACUUGUUAACUGCAUUUCAUCACAUGACCAACGUAACUUAUUUAAAAAUUGGACGCAAGCGACAAAUUAUAAAUUUCCGAGGAGUUUUUACGGAAUCAAUUGAAAUUGAAUUGUGGGACAAACCAGGGAUGGGACACAUCCCUGGACAAACCCAUUACUUUGUCUCGCGUUACACUGAACACCCGACUGUACCUAAAGAUACUAUACAUGUACUUUAUUAUCUAAACUGCCAAUUAUAAUAUUUUUUGAUAAGCUAUUUGUAUUGAAUAUUACCCACAAUAAACGUAUACAUGAUGGAACGAUAAGUAUUUGCGAUGACUUAAAGCCGCAAACAAGUUUAAGAUCUGUGUCAACAUUAAGUCGUGAACAAGUCGUUUGUGCAUUUUGGUUGUAAACGCUCCCCAAACGUUGUUACUUGUAAACGACUUCUGAUUACUUAGGUCUAUGCAAACAAUUACUAAUGCUAUGUAAACUUUAACUGAGGAAAAUCAUGUUGACCUUUGUAAUUGGAAAGAAGUUGUCCAAACAAUACAACCGAAUAUCGAAUGGUACGUAGAUCGUAAGAUAAUGGUUUGUUUGUUGGAGGGUGUGUGGCCUAAUGAAGGUAUAAGGUUAUGUCCUGUCUAUAUGUGGGUUUUUGUAUUGUUCUUACUGUGUGUGUAACAUUUACAACAAGGAUUAUCGGAUACCUGAUAUUAUUGCUAACGGACGGACUAUUUCCCAUAAAUUCACUCAUCUUUUCCGAAUAUUAUUCGGCAAGAAAAGAAGAAAUUCAAUUUUCCUUCAAAGAAAUAACUUAUAAAAUUUAAUUCAAAUUUUGGGUGCAAUAAAUAAUAUUGAUCAAAUGAUAUUGGUCCAAUAUUUGACGUCUAUUGCCCUUGUCUAACCAAUGGGGUUCAAUAUUUGACGUCUAUUCCCCUUGUCUAACCAAUGGGGACCAACAUUUGACGUCUAUUGCCCUGGUGUAACCAAUGGGGAUCAAUAUUUGACGUCUAUUGCCCUGGUUUAACCAAUGGGGUCCAAUAUUUGACAUCUUUUGCCCAGGUCUAACCAAUGGGGUUCAAUAUUUGACGUCUAUUCCCCUUGUCUAACCAAUGGGGACCAACAUUUGACGUCUAUUGCCCUGGUUUAACCAAUUUGGUCCAAUAUUUGACAUCUUUUGCCCAGGUCUUACCAAUGGGGUUCAAUAGUUGACGUCUAUUGCCCUUGUCUCACCAAUGGGGUUCAAUAUUUGACGUCUAUUGUCCUGUUCUAACCAAUGGGGUCCAAUUUUUGACGUCUAUUGCCCUGGUUUAACCAAUUUGGUCCAAUAUUUGACAUCUUUUGCCCAGGUCUAACCAAUGGGGUUCAAUAUUUGACGUCUAUUGUCCUGUUCUAACCAAUGGGGUCCAAUUUUUGACGUCUAUUGCCCUGGUUUAACCAAUUGGGACCACCAUUUGACAUCUAUUGUCCUGGUUUAAACCAUAGGGUCCAAUAAUUGACGUCUAUUGUCCUGUUCUAACCAAUGGGGUUCAAUAUCGGAAAAGUUAUUAACUUUCUCUACUAUCCAAUGGUGUCCUAUAUUUGACGUUAAACUGUAUGCCUUUACCUAGGAUCCAAUUAUUGACGAUUAACGCUUGUGUCUAUCCCAAUGAGGUCAAAUACUUGACGGACUAUAACGUGUAUAGUGUAAUUUUGUGUUCUAUCCAAUGCCGUCUCGUGUUCGAUCUUAGGCUUUCUGUACUAACCAAUGGGGUUCUACGCUACGGUACACUCCUAUUGACCUUGAACUGAUGUAUGAUUGUAAGAUUAUUGUUUGUGGCCACCUAAUACGUUUCACUAACUGACGGAUUAGAUAAAAAAAAAACAGUUCUAUUUUUAAAUAAAAAUUGAUUCAUAAAUGUA